AUGUCACUUUUGGGCCUUGUGGUGACGGCAUCCCAAUGCCACAGAAAGCUUGCGACAAUAACACUUUGCAAUGAGCUGAAGCUAUCCGUACUUGCUCUGGUAAUGAUAGUGUCCCUGCUGUUCGUUUGGCCGACACCCAUCUCUGCCCAAGCAACAUGGCAUUUCAACAACACUCACACUCACUUGUACAGCAAGCAUCACAUAGACUCCAACACAGUCGACAACUUGACAGUGCUGAUCGCCGCUACGGAUCGCCCUGUUCCCUGCAUUCCCGCGCAUCCUACGGUGCCUACGUGCUCGCUUCUCCUCACUUACACGCACAGCUCUCCAGCUUUCGUCCACCAUGAAACCCCCCAAUCUCGCGGGCCUAGUCACCGUCUGCACAUCAUGUCGCACUCUCUCCCUUUCUGCGCAGUACCUCUCCGCCGAGGGAAUACAACGUCAAAACUCACAAUUCACUUGUAA